UAGGGUCUUCGAAUUAGUGAAAGCUUAAUCACUAAGUAAUUUGGUUGUUAGCCUUUAAUUGGUUGUUUUGUCAUUUUGUUAAAAGUAGUUUGUGAAAUGCUAAGCUGACACCCGGACUCUUUUAAAUGGAGCAAUGGCACCCUUGCUUUUGUAACGGUUAUUUGAAAAUAAAAAUUAUAAAAAAUAGCAAGCACGUUUUCUGUGCUCUUCUUCCACCUUUCGUGUAUCCUCCAUUACUGCAACUUGUCGAGGUUGAGCUACCGGAUUCUGGUUGGUAGCUAUCAUUCCCUCUCUCUCUCUAACCCCCACAAAAUUUUGAACCCUAGCGCUCUUUCUCUCUCCUCUCUCUCAUGGCGUCGGCCGCGCGGGAAGAGAAGCAGAAGCAGGCAUAUGAAGGAUUGGGUGCGGGUGGAAAGAUCCGGAAGACGCCGUUUCGACGCACCACCCAAGCGACAUCAUACGAUCGGCCACCAACGAUUUUACGAAACCUUCUGGAGCCGCCAACGAUGGCUGGCUCUCGAAGCUCGUCGAUCCGGCUCAGCGCCUCAUCUCCGCCAGUGCCCACCGCCAACGCCUUCCUCCGCCUCAGUCGCCUUCAACAGGAUUUUCUGGAUCUGGAUGAUGAUGACGAUUGUAAUGGGGUUGCAUCCGAUUCAAGAGGAAAGGCGGAGGCAACUUCGAUCAAGAAUACUCCAGUUUACUAUGAAGUGAAGACUUCAGCUUCCCCUACCGUAUUUGCUGCCAGUUGGCAACCUGGAUCCUCGUCUGCCGCUGCUACUACUAUCAGUGCGCCUAUUACUUUUGGAGGAUCCACGGUUUCUUCUACAAAUAACAACAGUGGAUCUUUGUUUCGGUCAUCCAAUGGUGCAUCCUCAACUUCCAUGUUCUCAUUCACUUCAACUGCACCUACUAGUGCCCCAUCACAGCCUCCAUUUGGCAACUCCAAUCCUGCAUUUCCAUUUGGUUCCCCAGGUAAUAAUGAUCAAAUGAAUAUGGAGGACAGUAUGGCCGAAGACACAAAUCAGGCAUCGACACCUACAGCCCCAGGUUUUGGUCAACAGCCGGUUUUAACCUCACAAUCUGCCUCUGUAUUCGGAGGAACACCCGCAGCCCCAGCAGCAAGCCCCUUCCAAGCAGGCCAACAGAACCUAACCAACCCACAGAACCCUAACCCAUUUCAGGCUUCUGGUAGUUUGGGUGCGAAUCAGGGGUUAGGGGGAAGCUUCUCAGUUGGCUCCAGUGGUGCUGAUGGUGACAAGUCUCACCGAAGAAUAAUUAAAGUUAAACACAACUGGCCCCGGAUGAAGUAAAAACUCAGUGGUGUGGUUGUUAGGAGUUUCUCUGUUUGUCUGGGUGAAUAUUAGAGUUAAGAGAUGGCUGUUGUCACCCACAAUGGUUCGACACUGAUGAAGGUAUAACUCGGCCUUCUCAGGUUCUUGACGGGAUGAUUCUGUUUGCUUCACAGAUAUUUCUUUCCCUUUUCUUUGCACUACCGAGCCAAAUUUUCGUGGUUGCAAUGAGAGCGAAAGUUUUUGCAAAUUUUGUACCAAUUUGUAGUCGGAACGAUUAUGCCUUUGUUUUAGUACAUGUAGUAGGUGAAUGGUUUUGUAUUAGUACUUGUAGGGGAUAGGCUUCCUGGUUGGGUAAUUGCGUUAUCAACUCUUCUGUGUACUCUGCUAUUUGUAUCAUAAAAGAAAACAGCUGUGAAUGUCACAGCUUCUCUGCCGGCGACCUAA